AUGGGUUUGACCAAUUUCAUAUUGACGGUGGCCGGCGUUGGCGCGGUGGUGCUCCUCUUGAAGGGCGACGUCAAGCAAUCCCCCUCCGUUUUCAGGCGAAACGUCAAGCAUAUUCGCAGCUGGAUCGAAGAAGAAACCUCCGCCGCCUCCAAGGCAGCGGAGUCCAAGACACCAAAGGAGAUGGAUUCCAAGGUUCCGAGGAAGGAAGAGAAGGAUUAG